AUGGGCACUAUAGGGGUGACGUGGCCUGGGAGCACGGCGGAACGCUCGUCCCAAGCCGUUGCAAACGAACAACAGAGUAGCAGUCUUUUUUACAUCUACGCCAGCUCUGCAGGUCAAUCUCCCGGUGAUAAUGUCCACAUUCUCAGCCCAGACAGCGCCACGGACAAGUUCGUCGCCACCCUCGAGGGCAAGGUCAUCAUCCUCUCCGGUGCUCCCAGACCAACAUCCAAUCUGGACGAUUCCGACAAGACGAGGCAAUGGUUCCAGCAACUCGAUUCUCACGUUGAAGCUUCCCUCAAAACCGACUCGGCAGAUGUCGUGCAGAGUUUUCAGCUCAUAUUCCAGGAACCAUGGCAGCUCACAUUCAGCUCAGCGAGCGACGUCCUGCUGUUUACCUUUGGCGCCCCCUUGACGGGAAAUGGGGCGAAGAUUCCAGUUCCCGGCAUAGACGUUGACGGCCAGAUGCUGACGUAUGGCGUCGAUUUCUUGCAGUCGGUUGAAAUUACAGACACGACCUUGAGGGACUUGUUUACACACGCCGAUUCAGCCGGUAUGAGCGAAUACGUACCAAGCAAGCUUCUCGACGCAAACGUGGAGCUCAAAAUGCCCGACCCAAAUGAUGAACCGAAACGGAAUGCGUUGUGGUUUGCUCCUCUCCCAGUAAAGCGCGUCACCGUGCGGCUGCAGUUCCAAAUGCCCAGCCUGGGUCCCCUGCAGGAUAUCCUCAAUGUCCUGCCGGGAUUCACGAUUAAAAGCGCUGAUGUCGUCUACAGAAAGGAAAUGCUGCUGGCAAGAACGGAGUCGGGAGAACAGGCCGAUACCCGCGGCGAUAUCGUUUUCAGCGCCACAUGCUCCGUCAAGGGCGAUGCCGGGCCGGAGGUGACGAUGAUGGCUGGUGUUGGCUUUGCACCCUCCAGCAUCACCCUCGCAUUCAUCUUUCUUUCCGAUGACCCCAUCGGCGGAAUUCUCAUCUGGCUAGCGUCCCUCAUCGGAGAUUCGUCUCUGGAGUCGUUUGUAAAAGACAUAUUGGGCAAAACCGAGAAUGGGGUGAAGGUGCUGGGCGACCCGAACCUGCGCCGAAUGACCAUCACGCUCGACACGAAAGACACAAAUGCCAAACUCUCUUCUGUUGCUUUUGACGUUGAAAUCACGGCCAAUUUUGGGCAGGCGAGCUCCAAACCCGUCUUUCUCAUCUCCUAUAGCUGGAAUAGCUUCAGUGGCGGCACCGGCACCCUCUCUGGCCAGCUGUGGAAUGACCCAAGUCUCCCAAGGGACCCAGAUUUGCUGCCUUUCGAGGAGAGGUGGACGACCCUGCGGCCGCUGACUCCGUCCCCGGCGACGUUCAUCGAUCUUGCCUCCUUGAUACCCGGCCAGACGGUAGACAACAUCCCUGACACGCUGCCAUCCCAGAUCACACGCGCCUACCUUGCGCUGUCGAGCGACUCCUUUUCUAUUCGCUGCAGCAUCACCGCCAACCCGCCAUCGCCAGGAUCCGCUCCGCAACCUUACUUGGGGGAGGUUGCGCUUGAUGCCUCCUUUCACUGGGGCCAGAGCAGCCAAUUCGCCCUCAACGUCGUUGUCAGUGCCAUGAUAAUGCCCAGCAAAGACUCCUCCACCAUGCCGGCCGCCCUUACCGGAUCGUUGAGCUACGACUCGUCCAAGAAAUCAUGGGAGCUGGCGGCUUCGCUUACGGGGCUAUACGCAUCGACGCUCGUCGAGUUCUUCGAGGACGACGCCAAGGAUCACGUCGGCCCCUUGAUCGAGUCAAUCGCGGUUGACACGUUGGCUGUCGCGUACACGUACGAGUCCACUGGAGGCAAGUCUAAAGCUAGCACAUUCACCAUCACGGGCGACCUCCGCAUCGCUGGUCUCGCACUGGCGCUCGACUUCAAGCACAACCAGGACGGGUUCACCUUUUCGGCCAAGCUCAACCCGUCCAAUGAGCAGGUCAAAAUUGGCGACUUGAUUGUGGAUGCUCUUGGCUCCGACAUUGAGCUGCCCGAAUUCGUCUACAACACACUGCUCGUGGCCGACAACCAGGACGCAUUCGCGCUCGACCUCGUGAAACAAAAGUCAAAAGGAAGCCCUCCGACGGAGUCAUUCCAGCUUCUUGCACAGCUAAACAUAAUCAAACUGCACAUCGAUUUUGCCCAGCUCCACAGCACCAGCUGGGAUGCCAAGCAGCCGUCCAAAAGACUACUCAAGGUCGCCAUCGGCGGCUUCUCCGGCGUCGAACUCGAGCUCCCACUUAUCGGCAAGCUGAUCCAACCGCUCGACGAGCUGUACUUCCUCUGGGUCCAAAGCCAGGGCGCCGUAGGGGUAGCAGGCCUGACGCGUGUCGACCUUGACGACCUCAACGCCAGCUUGGGGGACAAGAUCUUGGUCAAGGACAAGAUCAAGGUGGACCAGCAGAAGCCGACGGAUCUCCUGGUGAGUGUCGGAUGCCACUUUGCCAUCGUCAUCCGCAGCAGCACAGGCGAAAGGUCUUGCUUGCUCGACUACGACUUUAUGAAGCCGGCUGCGGGCAAGGGGCGUGCGGAUGAGGCGGACGACGGCGGACCGAGCGCUCAGGCACCUUAUAAGAAGAUUGCCGGGCCGUUGUCCAUCAGCAACGUCGGACUCAAGUACAAGGACAAAAAGUUGGCCGUCAUGUUCGACGCCACCUUCCAGCUCGGCCCCCUUGGAUUCUCCCUCAUCGGCUUCUCUCUUGGGACCGCCUUCGUGACGCUCGAUGAACUGCCCACCAUCACGCCGGACAUCCAAGGCCUCGCCGCGUCGUUUGACAAGCCGCCACUGUCCAUCGCGGGCGUAAUCACCCAUGGCAACGAUGGCGGCAUCGACUACUUUGCUGGCGGACUCAUCGUUGGCUGGGCCAUCUACCAGUUUGAGGCUGCCGGCUUCUACGGCAUCGUCACCCCGUCUGGCGGCGGCGGCUUCCAGACGGUAUUUGUCUUUGCCAAGCUCAACGGGCCCCUCGUCACGCUCGGGUUUGCCGAGAUCACGUCCGUCUGCGGCGGCUUCGGAUACAACAGCAGCGUGCGUCUGCCGACGGUGGGGGAAGUCUAUGACUUCCCCUUCAUCGCCAGCUCGGCGCUCAGCGGCAGCAGCAAUGCCAUGGAGGUGAUGCAAAAGCUCGUCGAUCCCGGCCCGCACGGAUGGUUCCAGCCGCUCGACAAGUCGUACUGGUUCUCGGUUGGCAUCAGGGUCGGGGCCUUUCAGAUGCUAAGCAUCGAUGCCGUCGUGGCGGUGCAAUUUGGUAACGCCGUCAAGCUGGGCAUCUUUGCCGUGGCCAGUGCCGACAUCCCCUCGCCCCGAUCGCCGAUCAAGCUGGCGCACGUCGAGCUGGGCAUCUCGGCCGUCGCCGACUUCGACUACGGCACGCUCAAGAUCGAGUCGCAACUGUCACCGCGGUCGUACAUACUCGACAAGAACUGCCACCUCACCGGCGGCUGCGGCCUCUACUACUGGUUCGACGCGCCUCACGCCGACAAGUCAAGCGUCGGCCAGUUCGUCUUCACCCUCGGCGGCUACCAUCAAGCGUACCGCCUGCCCAUCGGCUUCCCCAAUCCGCCGCGGCUCGGCAUCGACUGGGACCUGGGGGGCGGGCUCCAGAUCUCGGGCCAAGCAUACUUUGCCGUCACACCCAACGCUUGCAUGGCCGGCGGUCGCCUGCGUGCCGCUUUCAAGGCUGGCCCGAUCGAGGCUUGGUUCGAUGCCUUUGCCGAUUUCCUCAUCAACUACAAGCCUUUCCACUUCAACCUCGGCGCCGGCCUCUCCGUCGGCGUGGGAUUCAGCAUCGACAUAUGGUUCAUUCACAUUCGGAUCUCGGUCGAGAUCGGAGCGCAGCUGUAUCUCUGGGGUCCACCGGUCGCAGGCCGGGUCCACGUUGACUUUUGGAUCGUCGCCUUUGACAUCAACUUUGGGCCUCACUCGGACACGGACGACCGCAUUUCUCUGUCCGAGUUUUACGACCUCGUGCUGCAAACUUCCACCACAUCUCUGGUAGGCCCGGCGGACAAGGAAGUGCAGGUCUCGCGGCCGAAGAACGAAGCGCACAACUUCCUUGCCGAGUCCGGCCUGCUGAACCCGACGGAUGAGCCGGAACGUGAGCAGGACGCGAUCUGGAUCGUGCGCGGCGGCUCCUUUUGCUUCGUCGUCGAGUGCAAGAUGGCCAUCGACACGGUCAAGAGCAAUGGGCAAGCCGUCCUCGCAGACAAGGAAGUGUACGGCAAGCCCAUGAAGCUCCAGACGGCCAUGGCGUCGACCCUCGAAGUGCAGGUGACGCAGGAUCAAGGCGAAGCGGACGAUGGGUGGCAGUUUGAAAAGCGACUCGAGAGCGUACCUCGCGCCCUCUGGGCCAAGUAUGACCCGAGAACCGACCCGACCAGCAGCGGCAACAACAUCGGCGAACUUCUCAGCAGCGACAACAGUUCCGUGACGCUCAUGACGGGUGUGCGCAUGACGGCACCCCUACCGACCGUUUCUCCCGACCCGUUCCCCGCGUACAAGGUUGCCGACGCCGAUCUGCAGAGCCUUCCUGCCGAGCGGCCCUUCCCAACCAUCGCCGACGCUGAUGGCGCGUGGGGGCCAGAUUCGCCAGCGGCGGGGGAAAGGGAGAAGUAUGAGGCCGUGUACAAUGCCUGGACCAACCCGGCCAUGGGCGCAAGCGGUCAGACGGGUUUCGUUGGAGCUCUGGCGGAAUGUCUCAAGUGGGAUGUCGACGGGAUGAAGAGCUUGGCGGCCAUCCCACAAACGCUGAAACAGGAGUUUAUGAAUUUGUACGUCGCAGCGCCACUGCUGACGAAAUGA